AUGAAUCAGAACUCUUCGGAAUCGUUGUUACAAAGUGCAGAUGAAAAACUUACCAUCGACAAUCAAGUUUCAGACCAUGGCAACAUGAAUUCGAUUCCUUCCGUUUAUAGAAAGAAUUUAUCUGUUUCAUCUUAUCCACAAGAAACACUGAACAAAGAAACCGUUCACAUCAAUUUAGAUCCUAAUACAGCGCCUGCUCGAUACCGUGGCAUUCGUGAUUUAGAUUUAAAUUCGUGGGAUGAUGAAGCAGCGGGGAAAUUACGUGUAUCAUUUCUUCCUUCUGGAGAUUUAUACGACUUUUUAUCUCCGUGUAGACGUUCUCUUGGCCUUCGUGCCGUUACUCGCUCUGUAAAUUCGCGGCCUCUUAAACGAACAUUAGGUGUUAUCUGGUUUGUUAACGAUUGUUGUGGGAUUACUUGUAUUUUUAUCACUUGGCUACUUAUUCUGUAUGCAGAGUUUGUAAUAGACUUCAUAAUACUAAGUCACUCUCCAUCACAUGCCUUUUACUGGACUAGUGGAACGAUUUAUCAUUUGUUUGCCAUCCUGGCAGUAGUUUCCCAUUUCAAAGCAUUCAGCACAGACCCAGGUAGCAUCCCAAUCGGUGCAGCAAAUCAGGCAUUUGCAAAAUGUUUACAACAGUAUUCUUCUUAUUUAUCUGCCCCUCCUAUACGUUGCACAAAGUGCCUUACUAUUAAACCUAUUCGUGCCCAUCAUUGUCGAAAGAACCCCACUGAUGGUAUAUACCUACACAUUGAGCAUUAUGACAUAUCGUAUUUGGAAUUCUUACUACUGUUCAGCCAACUUUCGGAUUAUUGUAGGAAUUCAAUGAGCAAGUGUUCCCGUUUGUCAGAUGGAUCUUUAUCACAGAUAAGUCCAGUCAUGGUAACACUUCUCUCUUCUAAUUCUGUUGAACUAAAGAUCAUUUGUCAACGAUGUAUACGUAAAAUGGAUCACCAUUGUCCAUGGGUAAAUAAUUGUGUCGGUGAAGGUAAUCAAAAGUACUUUGUUUUAUUCGCUUUUUAUAUUUGUCUAAUGUCAUUUACUGCUAUUGGAAUGUGUAUUUAUUUUCUUUUGCAAUGUUUGGGUUCCGAUUGGGAGGUUUGUCAAUCAAAUCAGAAUGUUAAUAUACUAGGCAAUUUUAGUUCAUUAGCGUGCAGUGCAUUUGCCCUAGGAUUGAUAUGUGAAUCCUUGAUGUUCGGUAUUUUCACUUUAGUUAUGUGCAUCAGUCAAUUGUGCGCUAUUUCAAAUGAUGAAACAGGAAUUGAAAAUAUUAAAAAAGAACAGUCAUCAUGGGAGAAACAAUCAACCAAGAAAAAUUUUAUCAAAGCGUUUGGUGCACCAUUUUCAUGGCGAUGGUUUAGUCCAUUCUCAUCACCUUCAUUUGUUCCAACAAUAUUACCAGGACUUCCAGAUGAUGUCAAUUUAACCAAUAUGUUAUAUUUAGCUGAACAAAAUGCAACUCGACAAAAUACAAGUGAAUUUCAGUCAGAUUUUAAUCAAAUUGGAUAUAUCGUCUGA